AUGCACGAGAUCGUAACGCUGCAGUUCGGCCAGCAAAGCAACUACAUAGGCACACACUACUGGAACGCUCAAGAAUCCUACUUCACAUACGGAGGCCAAGAAGAAUCACCCGUCGACCAUGACAUUUCCUUCCGACCAGGAAUCGCCCCAGAUGGCUCGGACACCUUUACGCCGCGGGCACUCAUCUACGAUUUGAAAGGUGCCUUCGGAUCUCUGAGAAAAAUCAAUGCGCUGUACGAAGCCCAAGAUGAUGCCGCUGCGGGGAGCCUGUGGUCCGGCCCCACAACCACCCAAACCGCCCCGCAGAUCCCUCCCUCCCCCUACCAACAACACCUCGACGCCGGCCUCUCCCCACCACCCUUAACCUCCCAAACAGUGCGCUACUGGUCCGACUACGCCCGCAUCUACCAUCACCCGCGCUCUUUGAUCCAGCUGCCCGACCUCUCGCUUGGGGACCGGCUACUCCCGUUCGAGAACUGGGAUCUCGGCACCGAGCUUUUCGAGAACCUGGACCGCGAGCAUGACUUACUAGAUCGGGAUCUGAGACCCUGGGUCGAGGAGUGUGACCAGCUGCAGGGAUUCCAAAUUUUUGCGGGCGCGGAUGAUGCGUGGGGUGGUUUUGCGGCGAGGUGGGUGGAGCGCAUGGAGGAUGAGUAUGGGAGGAAGAGUGUGUGGGUUUGGGGGAUGGAGGAUGGGGUCAGGGGUGCGAGGGAGAAGCAGUUACAAAAGCUUGUCAAUAUUGCGAAGUCUCUCUACGAGCUGUCCACACAGGCGUCUGUCUACGUCCCGGUCUCGAGCAAGCCGAUCAGCGCGCCGGCGUAUCUGAACCUGGACGAGACGUCCAGGUGGGAUACGUCUGGCUUGCAGGCCGCAGCGAUAGAAAGCAUGACACUGCCGUCGCGCCUCAGAACGAGUGGCGGACAACGCGGGACAUUACAGGACAUGGAAGCAGCUUUCAACAGCGACGGUAAUCGAAGGAUUGCCAAGUUCGAGUUCAGCGUUGCCGAUGAAGAUGCGCUGAAGGAGACCCUAGACUCCAGGGUUCCGCAGAUGAAUGAUAGUCGUACAAAGGUCAGGAUCACGGACGCGCAGGGCACAGGCGACGAACCGCCGCAACUGGCUGAGUUCGAUAUGGAUCUUUCUGCCAGCGACUUUCCUAAGACGACUCAGAGGAGGCUUGGGAGAAAGACACAUGUGUUCGGAGGCGCUGAGACGUCGCGAGGGCUGUGGAAGACAGAGGAAGAGGUUAAUGCAGACAAGGGCGCUUUGAGGAACAGGUUCGAUGAAGGACCGAAAAUACACAGAUACCACACACCCCUGCUCUUUCCCAUUCUCGACAGCUUUCCACGCAUUUUCAGAGUGAGUAAUGCUACAAGCUCAGGAAAAGUCGCGGUACGGUCGGCGCUAUCCACUUCGACUUCGGUGGCAGAUCGCAUCCGGAACAUCGAGCAAGUGGUACGCCGGCUGGUGAGUCUCGACGAGCGUGAGGCGCUCUGCAAUGGGCUACGGAAUAUCUGUGAAGAGUACGAAGAGGGUUGGGAUAGCGAAUCAGAGGAAGAAGACGACUGA